GAGCCUGGACAUCGGCGGCCUGGCCUCUGUCGGAGUGCUCUCGCUGGUGCUCCCGGUGCCGGUUCUCCGGCACCUGCCGGCCUCUUCCAGAGAAUGCUCCUGGGCUGCGCUUGCAGGCAACUUCUCCACAGAUGUAAUCAGUUUUUUAUUGUUUUGAAGUGAAGCAUCAUUUAAAAUCCUCUCAACAUCCUAAUUCUGAAGAAAUGAUAAUAUUUCUCUGAUCAGAGAAAUAAGUGAACAGCUUUGUUGAAAGUGUUCUGGCCCUCGUCUUGUUUUCCUUCCGAAUUUGAGGAACUAUGGAGAAGUGGUACUGGAUGACAAUAGUGGUCUUAGUGGGGCUCACAGUACGGUGGACGGUCUCUCUUAAUUCCUAUUCAGGUGCUGGAAAGCCCCCUAUGUUCGGUGAUUAUGAAGCUCAGAGACACUGGCAAGAAAUUACUUUUAAUUUACCAAUCAAACAAUGGUAUUUUAACAGUAGUGAUAACAAUUUACAGUAUUGGGGAUUGGAUUAUCCACCUCUUACAGCCUACCAUAGUCUCUUAUGUGCCUAUGUGGCAAAGUUUAUAAAUCCAGACUGGAUUGCUCUCCAUACAUCUCGUGGAUAUGAGAGUCGAGAACAUAAGCUCUUCAUGCGUACUACAGUUUUAAUUGCUGAUCUGCUGAUUUACAUACCUGCAGUGGUUUUAUACUGUUACUGUUUAAAAGAAACCUCAACUAAGAAAAAGAUUGGUAGUGCAUUAUGCAUAUUGCUGUAUCCAGGUCUUAUUCUUAUCGACUAUGGACAUUUUCAAUAUAAUUCUGUGAGUCUUGGUUUUGCAUUGUGGGGUGUUCUUGGAGUAUCUUGUGACUGGGACCUGCUAGGGUCAUUGGCAUUUUGCUUAGCUUUAAAUUAUAAACAGAUGGAACUUUACCACUCUCUGCCAUUUUUUUGCUUUUUACUUGGCAAGUGUUUUAAAAAAGGCCUCAAAGGAAAGGGGUUUGGGUUGUUGAUUAAGGCAGCAUGCACUGUUGUGGCUUCCUUCCUUCUCUGCUGGUUGCCAUUCUUUACAGAAAGGGAACAAGCCCUGCAGGUUCUAAGAAGACUCUUCCCUGUUGAUCGUGGAUUGUUUGAGGAUAAAGUAGCCAACAUUUGGUGCAGUUUUAGUGUUUUUCUGAAGAUUAAGGACAUUUUGCCUCGUCACAUCCAGCUAGCAAUCAGUUUUUGCUUUACAUUUCUGAGCUUGCUUCCUGCAUGUAUAAAAUUGACACUCCAGCCCUCUUCCAAAGUAUUCAGAUUUACUCUGGCUAGCUGUGCACUAUCAUUCUUUUUAUUUUCUUUCCAAGUGCAUGAAAAGUCCAUUCUCUUGGUGUCAUUACCAGUUUGCUUAGUUUUAAAUGAAAUUCCUUUGAUGUCAACUUGGUUUUUACUUGUGUCAACAUUUAGUAUGCUACCUCUUCUAUUAAAGGAUGAACUCCUAAUGCCGUCCAUUGUGACAGUGGUGGCAUUUUGUACAGCUUGUACCACUUUCUUUCCAAUAUUUGAAAAGACUUCUGAAGAGGAAUUGCAGUUGAGACCCUUUGCCAUUUCUGUGAGAAAGUGCUUCCCGCGUUUUACGUUUCUUCCCAGAAUUAUACAUUAUUUGUUUUUUUCUUCGGUAAUCACCAUGGUCCUUCUGACGAUUUUGACUGUCACACUGGAUCCGCCUGAGAAAUUACCUGACUUAUUCUCUGUAUUGGUUUGUUUUGUGUCCUGUAUGAACUUCCUGUUCUUCUUGGUAUACUUUAACAUUAUAAUCAUGUGGGAGUCCAAAAACGGAAGAAAUCGGAAAAAAAUCAAGUAGCUAUAUUCCCAAAUAAAUCCAAUCUUUUUGUUAUGUAUAAAUGAAAUCAUUUUUCAAAUCAUGGAGUUAUAGAGAAGAACAUGGUGAAAAGGCAUGGUUAUUUACAUAAAAUAAAUGUAUAUGGAGAGCAAAGGCCAAUGGAGGCUUUUAUUUUCUAAAGUAUUACUUGGUUAAAGUACACUGUAAUUUUGGUAAUGUUCACAUAUAUUUAAGUCUUAAAAUAAGAGAAAAAUGUCCUAGUUGUGUGUGGUAACUCAGGCCUGUAAUCCCAGUACUUGGGAGGUAAAAGCAGAGGACCUGGAGUUCAAGGUCAAGGUCAUCAUCAGCUACAUAGUAAGUUUGAGGCUAGCCUGGGCUACCUGAGACCCUGUCUCAACAAAAAGGAGAGAGAAAAAUGUCCUUAGUACCAGUAUUUACUCAGGGAAUAUACUCUAUAAAUUACGAUUUUUUGAAAAAAACUGCAAAAUAGAGUGAGCUUCUUAGAAGAAUUAAGUUCCUUUUUCUUUGUACUUUAGCAUGCAUUUCCUUGUUUAGAAGUUAUAUCUCAGGGAAUUAAGUUUGUUAUAAUAUUCUAAGAAUACAGGAUUACUUGAUUGCAUUUUUAAAAGGGACUUUCUUAAAUACAUAGCCUGAAGUCUUUUUAGUUACUCAUGAGCAUUAGUCCAGAAUCAUUCUAAGUCAAACUGCCUUAUGAAGGAUUUCAUCUUCUUUUGUUAUGAUCUGGUUUAAGGUUUCCAGUGGCACAAACAUUUCUUCACAUCAUGCUUCCUGUUUGCUUUGUCCUAUUGAUAUGGUUAUCACUUCCAAUUAGCAGGAACCCAUCUUUACUAUAGUAGUCAAUUGGUUUAAAAAAAAAAAAACCACAUAUUUUAUAGUUUCUCAUAUAAAGCUGUUUCUUUAGUCCCUGAUAAGUCAUUAAAUGACAUAUUCUAAAAUGGUAAAAGCUAAGCCACCUAGACACAAAGAAAAUUUGGUUGUGGACCUGGCUAGCCACAGGCUGAUGCAAGAAGGUAUGUAUUUCUCAGCGUGAUAAAUGAAGUGACUUCAUGUGCAUAAAGACUCAAAGGGCAGGUCAGCACAGAAAAGUAAGCAGCCUUGAUCGCUGCCGAGUCAGCAGGAACACCACUGCCCAUGGUCUCUAUCUGUAACCACUGGGCCCAGAUGACAGCAUCUUGGCUUACUGGCUUAGCUUUAUUUAAAAAUGUUUUCUUAAUAAUAAUAUACUUGAGUUUAUUAGAGAAUGUUGAUUUUAAUUACUGAAGUUCUAAUUUACAAGAAAUUCAGUAGAUCAACAUUAUUAUUUGAAGAAAAUAAAAGUAUUAAACAUUAAUAACACAUUCAUUUUCCUUAUAUAAGUAAAUUCUUUCAAUAAAACACAUUUUUCAGAUGAUGUAAUCAUACUGAGUUACAUUAUAGCUUUUAAGGAGACUUACAGGAAGCAAUAUAAGCCAAGUACCUCUCAUUUCCAUUAGAAAACAGUUUAAGAAUGUACUUUGGGCUGGCCUGGUGGCACACAUUUGUAAUCUCAGCCCUUGGUAGGACAAGGAGGGAUUUGAGGCCAACCUAGACUACCUAGUAAGCUCAAGGCCAACCUAGGCUACAUGAAACCUUAUCUCAAAAAACAAAAAUUAGAUAUAAACAACAACAACAAAAAAUGUACUUUAAGCUUGAAGCAGAUAGGUUCCAAAAUACUAUAAAAACUCCAGCAAUGAAAUUCCGAAGCAUUUCCCUCAGCUCAUCUCAGGAAGGGAUAUUUUAACAGAUACUUAGGUAAUACAAAAAUAUUAAGGACAGACUUCUCAUUUUCUUAUCUGUCAAAAACUGAACAGUCCUAUGUUAUUUUCUGCUACAUUUUAGAGGGAAGAGGCAUUUUGAAAAAUGCAGUAUUCUCCAUUGCUAAUAUACUUGGGUUUGCUUCUUAAAGCAAUGAAGAAAAUAGGGCUCGAUUUAUGUAUCAUAUGUGAAGCAUACAGAAGUCAUUUUCUCUUGAGGCCCCAGGGAGGGGAGAAAAAUCCCCGAUGUAGCAUUCUGUCCAAAUGAUAAACCACAACUAAGUGAGCAAAACAUUUACAAAAGUCAAAGCAGCGAGAGAAUCCUCUCUGUCCAUAAAAAGAGAGCAAGAGAUGGAUAGGUUGAGGCUAAAUAAUGGCUGGAGCAGCACAAUGGUUUCAAGUCUCAAUUGUCUCUCUUCUGUUAUGUUCAUCAGAUGAUCUGGGCCAAGUAUAUGCCCUGCACCCUUCCCCCCAUAUAAACAUUAGUUUUGUGUGUGGAUCUUUCUGCUUUGUCCUUCAUGUGGCCUCCAAGAGUGAUAAAGCGAGAGUCAUCUGAUCUACGGUGAAGAGAAGUGGGAAAUGAUUCUUAGCAGACCCAGCUGUUCCGCAAGGCAAGUGCUCAGUAUAUCAAGAGGUCAAACACACAGUAACAGCAUUAAGCACAUACCUACAUGACUUGGAUUACAUAGGAAACCAAUCUAUUCAUUAACCCCUUGUUUUCUAAAUAAUGUAGAUUACUUUGUGAAAUGUUUUGGCUUGUGUCCUAGGAUUAGUUUUCAACAAUCCAUUUUAGUAUAUUUUGAGAAUAUUCUACUAGGAUAAUUGUCCAACAAGGUAUGCUGAGCCCACAGA